AUGGAAGAAUAUCGACCUGAAAAAUUGAAUGUUGUUGAACGAAAGAAGCAGUUGAAGGAACUAUACACACCGGCGAAAAGACGACAGGAAAUAAUUGGACUGGCUCUUGCUUGCAGUCUUAUAGGAAUCCAGGCUUACUUUACCUUUUCAACGUUGGCCGAACAAAAUUGGGACACUUCAUUCUUGAUCAAAAAUGUCUUCGCGGUUAUAACAGGCAUUGUUAUUGCGGAUUUCUUUUCCGGCCUUGUUCACUGGGGUGCUGAUACGUACUUCAGCGUUGAUACUCCUGUCCUUGGUCCAGCGUUGAUUCGCCCGUUUCGCGAGCAUCACAUCGAUGCUACUGCCAUGUGUCAGCAUGAUUUUGUUGAAACCAAUGCGGACACUUUCAGUCUCAUGAUUCCGACGCUUUCUAUCAGUUUCUUCAAUUUUAUGAUGGGAAACAAACCCGAUAUUGAUGGAGCGUUCGAUCUGAUGCAUUUGACGAUGGCAGUGUUUGUUGGAUUCACAAAUGAAUUUCACAAACUCUCUCAUACUCAUCGGGGCGUGUCUUCUUUUGUCCGAUUUCUCCAAAAAUGUUGGCUUAUUCUACCACCGAAUCAUCAUCGAAUUCAUCAUGUUCGCCCCCACUCCAAUUACUACUGUAUCACUGUCGGAUGGUUAGAUCCGCUAUUUGAGCACAUUCAAUUCUGGCGGAAGGUCGAGAAAGUCAUCUUCAAUCUCACCGGAGCUAUCCCGCGCUACGACGAUCAGAAAUGGUCAAAAAUGUCGACUUCAUCCUGA